UUCUCAGCACCUUCCACAUUUUCCAGCCUGCCAAAUACCAAGCAAAACUUAAUAACCUGGACCGAGUAAAGUCCAACGCUUUUUUCUCCACCAUGCAAGUAUUAUCAUAAAUUUUUAUUCUCCAAGUGAAAAGGCAUAUCAAAUUCAUCAAGAACACACGUUUCCAGCCGCCCCUUUAUAUAUCAGAAGAGAGGGUGUCCAAAUAAGGCUCAAAGAUAAUUAAAAUAAUUGUUUGUCCUUAAGCCACUGGAGGUGUUUGGAACUGGAAUAUCCCAAAAAGUGAAUUUCAUCAUCAGAAUCAGAACAGAAGGCAAAGAAUCAUCAGCAAAAACUUUCAAUCAUGUUGCUAAGGAGCUCAUCAACGCCAGUAAUUGGAUCUCUCCUUACAUCCUACGUCUCAGAAAGUCCUAACAUCAUCAGCAAUCAUCACUCUGAUCCCAAACCAAGCACCUUCCACCAACACACUCCCACCAAGUUUUCAUUCCACCAACCUGGAUCUCUCAACAUCUCACACAAGUCCUCACCAAUCUCUCAUUCCUCCCUCGAUUUGGACCGGCAUUCGCUAACCGGGUUCCGAAGGGCUCAGUCUGAUGGGAACUUGGAAGGACUGGCCUAUGCUUCUUGUGACACUGAAGAUCAGUUCUUGGAUUCAAAACUACCCAACAUGUUCUCUGCAAGAUCCAAGUGCAUGAUGCUGGAAACUAUACCGUCUGUUUCGUUGCAUAAGUCGGGAGGCUAUGAAGAUGAUGAGGACGAUAGUGACGUGGAAUAUGAGGAAUAUGAGGAAGAGGAAGAAGAGGAGUUCGGUGAGGAGAAUCUGGAGAGAGUUGUGGCAACGGAAGGCAAAAAUGUUGGUUUAGAGGAGAAGGUGAAGAACGUGAGCUUAACUCAGGAUUUGAAAUUUUUGGACAAAAUAUGGAGGGCAGGGUUUGAAGAAAAAAGAGAGCUUGCGAGUCAAGAAAUGUAUCUUGGAAAGGGGCUUGGGGUUGGUGGUGGUGGCAGUGGUAGGCGCGGUGGCGGAGAGGUUAAGUGGGAUGGCUAUGGUAGUGAUGGAGGAGAUGACAACCGUGGGGCUGAGGGGCAUUACAAGAAGCUGGUUGAGGAAAAUCCAGGAAGCCCUUUGUUCCUUGGAAAUUACGCUCAAUUUUUGUAUCAGACCAAGAGAGAUCUUCAGGGAGCAGAGGAGUACUACUCUAGAGCCAUCCUAGCAGAUCCUAAUGAUGGUGAAGUUAUGGCUCAAUAUGCUAAGCUAAUUUGGGAGCUACACCAUGACCAAGAUAGAGCCUUGAGCUACUAUGAACGAGCAGUCCAAGCUGCACCUCAAGACAGCCAUGUCCACGCAGCAUAUGCCAAUUUUCUCUGGGAAGUAGAGGAAGACGAGGACGAAGCCGAUGCAGAGUACAUUCACCGCGCCGUGCCAUUGUAUCUUCACGAAGGAAUCAUGACAUCUGCAAGUGCCUAAAAUUGUUUGCUCGCGUUGUAACGGUGACUAGGUUGCCAACAAGAAUGGUCACGACCUAUGUAUAAACAUUUUUCUGAGAUGAAUGGUUGUCCUCUCAGUUUUUA